AUGCACUCGGGGAACAGCACGGGCACGACGAGCCGCCCGGAGCCCGCGGCGGCGGAGCAGGAGGUGCCGGGUGAGCGGCCCCUCUUUAGCGCCGGCACCUACGAGCUGCUGGCGCUGCUCGUCGCCACCAUCGGCAUGCUGGGCUUGUGCAACAACUUGCUGGUGCUGGUGCUCUACUACAAGUUCAAGCGGCUCCGCACGCCCACCAACCUCUUCCUCGUCAACAUCAGCCUCAGCGACCUGCUGGUGUCCGUCUUCGGCGUGAGCCUUACCUUCAUGUCCUGCCUGAGGAGCCGCUGGGUGUGGGACGCCGCCGGCUGCGUCUGGGACGGCUUCAGCAACAGCCUCUUCGGAAUUGUUUCAAUUAUGACUCUCACCGUUCUUGCCUAUGAACGCUACAUUCGAGUAGUCCAUGCAAAAGUGAUUGACUUCUCUUGGUCUUGGCGGGCUAUCACAUACAUCUGGCUCUACUCAUUAGCCUGGACUGGAGCACCUCUUUUGGGCUGGAACAGAUACACACUGGAAAUUCAUGGAUUAGGUUGCUCAAUGGACUGGAAGUCAAAAGACCCCAAUGAUACCUCCUUUGUGCUCCUUUUUUUCCUUGGCUGUCUAGUAGCACCUGUUGGGAUCAUGGCCUAUUGCUAUGGCCAUAUUCUGUAUGCAGUAAGAAUGCUUCGCUGUGUGGAAGAUUUCCAGACUGUUCAAGUGAUCAAACUUCUAAAAUAUGAAAAGAAGGUGGCUAAAAUGUGUUUCUUAAUGAUCUCCACAUUCCUUAUUUGUUGGAUGCCCUAUGCAGUGGUCUCCCUCCUGGUAACAUAUGGCUAUAGCAACCUUGUAACUCCAACAGUAGCUAUCAUCCCAUCUUUCUUUGCCAAGUCAAGCACUGCUUAUAAUCCAGUCAUUUAUAUCUUCAUGAGUAGAAAGUUUCGACGAUGCCUUUUGCAACUCCUGUGCUUUCGCCUGAUGAGAUUCCAGAGGACCGUGAAAGAGACACCAGCAACAGGGAAUGACAAACCAAUACGACCGAUAGUUAUGUCUCAGAAAGCAGGGGACAGGCCAAAGAAGAAAGUGACUUUCAGCUCUUCCUCUAUCAUUUUUAUUAUCACCAGUGAUGACACUCAGCAAAUAGAUGACAAUAGUAAACACAAUGGGACAAAAGUAAAUGUCAUCCAAGUAAAGCCACUAUAGGGAUGAGCUAGAGAGACGUGAGAAUGAGAUGGACUUCAGCCAGUAGACUGUUCAGGUUGGAGACCGGUUUCAGUGGCAGUGUCUGUGGGCUGCCAAAGGAAGCUACAUUCUUAAGCUGUGAAAUACUGAAGGGAUUCUGCAUCUGAAGCUCUGCAGGCAGUUCAGUUUUGGUCACAGUACUGAAGUCUCUGCAUCUGUGCCAAAAUUGCUGAUGGAUGUCUUUACUCUGAAUUUUAUUAAAGCAUAUUGUAGGAUUGCCAUUCAGGAGAACUUGGUCAGGCUGGAGGAAUGUGCUGACAGAAAUGUUACAAAGUUCAGCAAGGGUAAGUGCAAAGUCCUGCGCUUGGGAAGGAAGAACGAUGCUGCAGCACAGCAGGCCGGGCCCUGGCUGCCUGGGAUGCAGCUCUGUGGAAAAGGAUGUGGAGUCCUGUUGCUCAAUGAGCAGGGCAUGAGCCUGCAGUGUGCCCUGGCAGCAAGGAAGGGCACCAGCAUCCCAGGCUGUACUGACAGGAUUGGAGCCAGUAGUUUGAAGUGAUUAUGCCCUUGAGUCAGCCCUCAUUAGAUCACGUCUAGAUACUGCAUCCAGUUUUGGGACCCCAAUACAAGAAAGACAUCUGUAAACUGGGGUGAGUUCAGUGGAGUCCCCCAAGAUUGUCAGGGGUUGUACUACUCGGCCUGAGGAGAGGCUGGGGGACCUGCACUUGACCAGCCUGAACGUCUUCAGGGGAACCUAAUAGCAGCCUUCCAAUAGAGAUGGGGAGGUUUUUAACAAGAUGGAGCUAGGCUCUUCAGGGCAAUUCAUAAUGGAACGAUCACAGACAACGAACAUGAACUGAAACGAGAGAUUUGAAUGGGAUAUAAGGAAAAGCUUUUUCACCCCGAGGACAGCCAAGCAGUGGAACAAGUCAGACUAGAAAAUUCCUGAGGUUCCUUCCAGCUUCAGUUAUCCUGUGAUCCUUGAACUGCCAGCAUUCCCAGUGCACAGAGUAUCAGGGAAGAAGGAGGAAUGUUUGAAGUUGGCUGCAGUUUAGUUGGUCUGAAUUGGUGCUUUACAG